AUGAAAAGACAGCAAGUUGCCCUGCCCGGCCUCCGAACCGCGGCAGUUGCUCUCCUCGCCGCGCGGAGUGUCAAGGCCGAGAAAGUCUAUUGCGCCGACGCAGAAAACAUCGUGGUUCACCACACAAGCUGCGACGAUGCCCCCCGCGGCACCUUUUUCUUGUUCGCCAGUGAGGAGGAAUACCAAAUUGGAAGCGCCGUCGACCCCAAGCUCGUGGAUCUAUACGACAGUGCCGACUUUAUCGAUCGCAAGUACGCAAGGGAGCAGCGUGAGCUACGGGAACGAGACAUGGAGUCAGGAGGGUUCGGAAGCGUGACGCCGCGGGCGUGUGGUAGCUAG